GCUGGACGCCAGCCUGCGGUACACCUGAGAUAGAGAGUGACACAAUAAGAGAACAACACAACAAGAGAGAGAGAGAUUACCAUGAGGGAGGUGGAUGCACAUGGAGGACAACAUAGCAGCAACAGGGCCAGCAAAGCGAGAGCAUGACUGGAAGAUGAGCUGCCUUCAGGCUGAGUUAGAGGAAAAGGAGCACCCUUUGUCCGAGGAGUUAGAGUGUAAAAUCUGCUACCAGCGCUAUAAUGCACACAGUCGCCGACCCAAACUCUUGGACUGCCUCCAUCGGGUAUGCGCCCGCUGCCUGGUCAAGAUCCUGUAUGUCGCUGACGGCGAGGGCUGCAUCUGCUGCCCCUUUUGUCGCCAUCAAACGCAGAUCAGCGAGUACGAGGUAUCGGCCCUGCCCGAUGACACCAACGUCAUGUCCCGAUUGACGCUACAUGACAAAUCCUGGAAAUCUGACCACAACCGAGAGGUGGUCCUCUCUCCGAAGAGCUUCUUCUCCUGCAGCCCGUCCGGCGACUUGUCCAACUGUCUCUUUAUCACCAUCAUGGAGGUCCAGAGGGAGCCCCAACGCUUCCCAAAUCCGAACAGCAGCUCCGACACGGAGGACAAUGUGGACUCGCUUUCGGUGAGUUCCAAUGGGCAGGUGGACCAGGACUCUCUGACCAAGUUCUGCAAUCAUGUCCCACGUAUCUUGGUGUGGCUGCUGGGCUUCUUGUACUUUGGCUCCCUACCACUUGGGAUUUACUUGCUGGUAAUCCAGAGAGUGACUCUUGGCAUCGUGUGCGUCAGUUUGGUGCCAUCCAGUCUGACGGUGUGUCUGGUCUAUGGCUUCUGUCAGUGCUUGUGCCAAGGCAUGUGCAACUGCUACUCCAGGAGAUGAAUGCCAGCCAAUCAAAACCGGUGGUGGUAAUAUAGAUGGAAGCAACAAAUAACAUCAAUCAGUUAUGUUUGUGUAUUUAAAGGCAGCUGUAAGAGGUGGUCCAUCUUAAUAGACUCCAGAUGUAUUUCCACAUAAUAGUUAAAAAAUAAGGAAAUGUAGAUUCAUUUCUAAAACAGUGUAGAUAACAAAAGACCCUGGCCUGAUGAAUGUGAUUUACCGAAUGCUUGUGACAUUUCCUAUUAAGAUUUUUAAAAUAAUCCCUAUUGUGGCAAAGCCCUUUCCUGUGUAAUGCUCAAGUUAAUUUCAAUGGAGGUUUUCCCCCCCCCCCCAACGCAUUUGAUUUUCUUGUCUUUCUGUGAAACUACAGCUUAGUGAGUACCACAUUGAUUAAAUAAAUUGGAUUUUUUUU